AUGAUUUUUGUCUCUGCAGAAAAAAAAAAGAAUGGAGAAGCAAACCCCCAAUCCGCCAUCAUGCUCUCCAGAUCGGAUCCGCUCGGAACCCCAUCGUUGGACCUCCACCACGAUCAACCGAUUCCACAACCUUUCCCGCCGCCGAAGCUUCACGUUCCUCCGCCCGGGAGCCAAGCACCAUCAUCCGGAAAAAAUGGAAGAAGUCGAAUCCACCCGGUUGCAAAACUACAGUUCGCUUCAGCCACACAAGCAACAUAUGAACAGCUUGUGAAUGAGAUGCAUAACGACAAACAUUAUUUUCAGAAUCUUUCUCUUUUGUUUACAUGUCGGAAGAAGAUUCAAGGAGAAAGAGAGAUAAAGCUGUUGACGGAGAUUUGCCGCGAACUCCAUCAAACGCCUUCUUCGGCCACGACCUGCAAUCGCCGGGAAGACCGCCCAAUCUCCACGCCUUGGUGUCGACGACUAGAAUCUGUGCAAUACACUCCAAUUUCCGCAACUGAACAGCAGUUGCUGAUCCUCCGACAUCCCCACGCCGGACCGCCGCCGCCUUCAACUCCGCCUUUGUUCCCCGCUCAGAGUUCAACCGAGAUCGGCACCGUCGGUUCAACCAUGGUAUCUUCCUUUUCUCUUUCAUUUGAUCAAUUUCCGAUUUGGGGUAACAUUUGUAACAUUUGA